CGCUCGAGUCGUAAGGCCUGUUUGGCAGUGAAAAUUGUUUGUUUUCCAAGAAAAUUGCAACAUCGCAACAAGUGCAGUGUUGUGCAUAUGCGUGUGCAUUAAUUAUACGCAAAUAACAGUGCUUGUGCAAACGUAACGGCUCGUAAAACAACGACAAAAAUACCAGUUUGCAAUACAGUUUACUUCAUUUCUUCGUUCGUUUUUUUUUUGCAUUCCGUUGCUCACAAACGUCGACGGCGACGACGACGGCGUUGCGCUGCCAACGUUGACUGCGCCGACGCAGCGUCAGCAGCCAAAACCGUGCGCGAAAUGUUUUACAAUAACAACCAGCAACUACAACGUCAAUAAUUAUUUAAUUACCACUUUAAUUAAAUUAACGCGUUACACAUUGCGCUGAGAGCGUAAAAGGCUUUUCAAAAGGUAGUAGCUACCUCAUCUACUGCUUUUUUCAAGGUGUAGUGUGCAGAAAACAAGUGUCAAGUGGAACGAUUAUUUCUUCUCUGUGGAUUAUUGUUUUUGUUUUUGGAUAUAAAAAUCGAGUGGCGCACCUAAAACGUGCAGAAAAGAAUCGCACGUACAUCAUACGUAAAGCCCAUAUACCUAGAUAUAUACACACAUAUAUAUUACACACACAUACGCAACAUAAACGACGUCACACUGGAGUCACAAAUUGUACCAUAAACAUUCCAACAAACGAAAGGAGCCCCAAUAACUCCCUGCUUUCCCCCUCUGUACAGUAUGUCACAUGAUAGAAAAAUGUUGGAUCGCGAAGCGGUACGUUCAGUGAUACAACAAUGGAACGCCAAUCGUUUGGAUCUAUUUGCGCUCUCCGAACCAGAUGAGAACCUGCUCUUCCAUGGCGUUAUGCGCUUUUAUUUUCAAGAUGCAGGCCAAAAGGUAGCCACUAAAUGCAUACGCGUCGCCUCCGAUGCCACAGUUACAGAUGUCAUAGACACGCUUAUUGAAAAGUUUCGGCCCGAUAUGCGCAUGCUUUCGGUCCCAAAUUAUGCGCUCUAUGAGGUGCAUGCGAAUGGCGAGGAGCGUCGUUUGAAUGCCGAUGAGAAACCCUUGCUGGUGCAACUUAAUUGGCACAUUGAUGAUCGCGAGGGUCGCUUUCUGCUCAAAAAUAUCGAUCAGAAGACAACGCCCAUUGAGCAAUCAGACUUGAACUUUAAGCGCAAGCUCUCCAAGCGCGAAAAGAAGGAGCAGAAGAAAAAGGAAAAGCUCGCCAAACUUACUUCAGAUCCCAAUUUAACAAUGCAUGGCGCUGCUGGUGCUGGCAGUGGCAGCAAUUUGGGUCUGGGAGCCAAUGGCCUCAGCUCCAGUGGUGCCACACAUAUGAACGGUACCGCUGGUGGUGGCGAUGCUGGCGACGCUGUCGCUGGAAAACUAUAUACAGAAUUGCCCGAAACAUCAUUCACACGCUCGAUCUCAAAUCCGGAGGCGGUAAUGCGAAGGCGUCGGGUACAGAAACUGGAGAAGAAACUGCAACAGUUUCGUUCGCGAGAUGGUGGACCAGAUACGGGUGGUACGCUGAAAAUAUAUGGCGAGAGCUUGUGCCAAGAUGUGCCUUACAAGACGCUAUUGCUCUCCAUACGUGACUGUGCACAGGCAGUUGUACGUGAGAUGUUGACCAAAUAUGGAUUGGAGAAGGCGGAUCCCUUGCAUUAUUGCUUAGUGCAGGUUAACAGCGAUGGCACGGAAUAUAUACUCGACGAUGACGAGUGCCCGCUAUCGAUACUCAUGAAUCAUCCCACGUCGCGCGGCUCCAUUAUGUUCCACGUGCGUCGUCGGCCGGCGGAUUCACAACCACGUCGACGCAAGAAAAAGCCACUGGGUGCUUCCAAUGGAGCCAAUCACAUGUCCAGCGAUCGCGAGGGACCAGUCCUUGUCGAGGUAACGCACAGCGGCGAUGGCGGGAGACGCAUUAAGCUCGGCAGUGAUCCCGUGGAGGUGGGCUCGGCCAAUACGAAUUGCUUGCAGCUCUUCGGACCCUCCAUACAGCCCCGACAUUGUCUCAUCUCGCUGCACGAGGGUGUGUGCACUGUGACGCCGUUGCACACGGAUGCCUUGACCUUUGUUAAUGGACAUCACAUCACGCAGCCGACCAUUUUGCAUAACGGUUCGGUUGUCAUGUUCGGACGUGUAGCCUCGUAUCGGUUUCUGGAUUCGCCCACAGAUGGACGUUACAAUUUGGCUUUGUCUCAAUCGCAACUGGAUUCGGCAUGCCUAUAUGAGAGUCGUUCACCCACUUCACCGGGCUCGUGGAACGAUGAGGAUGGCGCGCUCAGCUCGACACAUAAAAGCGAAUACGAGCAGCAUCAGCAGUCGAGUCAUAGCGCUGGUUUUCACAACUCCACGGAGCACACGCUGCACUCUCUGCGCGAUGUGGUGGACAGCAAACAUGGUGGUCAGGAGACGGCGGCAUCGACAGCGGCGACAACGGCGAAUUCCAACUACGAUGGACAGAGCAUUGAAGGUAAUCUGGAGAAUGAAACCAAAUCCAUUUCGAGCAUGAAAUCCAGUGGCUCGAACAGUCAAGACAGAUCCGCAAAAAUGCCCGGCCCCGGUUUACUGGCCGGCAGCAGCGGAGGAGGAGUGGCAGAUGGCCAAGGACAGGAGCCCAUUCUGCCAGCAGUCCUGGAAUUCCCGGAGACACAUCAAGAGCUGUUCUUGCGUCACAUCAUCAGCGAGUUGGACGUCAAUGUGCCCCACUUUAAGCUGGCUCCCGUCUAUUCCCUUUACUUGUGUGCCAGAUAUCGCGCGUCCACUCAUUACCGUCCAGAAUUGCAGCCCACGGAGCGCGCUCACAAGCUAACCAUAUUUCUGCAUCAUGUUGCUAAUCUCGUUUAUACAGUGGUCCAAGAGCAAUACACAGAUCCGCGCAUAUUGGCCUUUUGGAUGGCGAAUAGUUCGGAAUUUUUGCAUUUCCUCAAAUCGGAUCGUCACAUCAGCGCGUUCAGUGUACAGGCGCAGGAGGUGUUGGCGGAGAGUGUACAGACCGCCUUUCGCAAUCUGGUCAACUGCUUUCGACUUGAGUUGUCGCAGACCUUGAAUCAAUUCCUCUCCGAGACCAUCGAUCACGAUUCAGCGGCGGGACUAGUGUUGACCGUAUUGGGCUCGGCAAUGGCUCUAUUGCGUCGCUGUCGCGUCAAUGCAGCGCUAACCAUCCAGCUGUUCUCCCAGCUGUUCCACUAUAUCAAUGUUAUCUGUUUUAAUACGAUCGUGGCAAACUCACAUAUGUGUACUGCAGAUUGGGGCAAGGUGAUGACCGAGCGUCUGCAGCUGCUGGAACUUUGGGCUGAGCGUCAGGGUCUGGAGUUGGCAGCCGACUGCCACCUGGCCAAGAUAAAUCAGUGUGCGCAGUUUCUGCAAGCGCCCAAAUCCUCGGUGGAGGAAAUUCAACAAUUGGCCUGCUCCUGUUUCCGCCUCAACUCCCUGCAAAUGGGUGCCUUGCUGCAGCAAGAGAAAAUUCCGCGGAAUCUGGUGGACACGGCGAUACGCAUGGCUGAAUCGGUAGCCGAUGAAUUGACACGUGCCGAUGGCCGUGAAGUGCGCCUGGAGGAAUCACCAGAAUUGCAUUUGGCGCUGCUGCUGCCCGACGACGGUUUCAGCUGCGAUGUGGUGCGUGGCAUACCCACAGGGCUUGUGGACUUCCUUAAUCCGUUGCAACAGCAGGGCAUGUGCCGACUGGCCGCACAGCCCACUUCCAUUGGACUCUGGACCGUCUAUAUGCAUCAGUUUAAUGCACGCUCCUCGAGCGCCAUGUCGAACAAGUUACCGCAGCCCGAGGUACAAUUAAUCAAAUUACAUAAGAACUCUAAUGGCAUGGGAUUGUCCAUUGUGGCCGCAAAGGGUGCGGGACAGGAGCGUCUUGGCAUCUAUAUUAAGAGCGUGGUGCCUGGUGGAGCAGCGGAUGCUGAUGGGCGUUUGCAGGCGGGCGAUCAGCUGUUGCGCGUUGAUGGACAGAGCCUCAUUGGCAUUACACAGGAGCGUGCUGCCGAUUAUUUGGUGCGUACUGGCCCCAUUGUCAGUUUAGAAGUGGCCAAACAGGGUGCAAUCUAUCAUGGAUUAGCCACGUUGCUGCAGCAGCCGAGUCCGGUCAUACAACGUGGUAAUCGCCGCAUGUCCGAACGCGAUUUAACGCGCAUGGGUGUUGGCAACCCUGAUGUCGGAAACAAAUCCCUGAGUGGGGCCCAGAGUGGUCCACUCAUUGCCCAAAGCCAUAACAGUCACAGUCACAGCCUCAAUCAGCACCUAAAUCUCAGCAAUAACAACAUCAACAGCAACAACAACAGUAGCAAUCCAUUAGCUGCACAUUUACAGAACAGUAAGUCGGUGCCGGCCUUGCAUCAUCACACCGGAUCUGGUACUAUAUCUCUGACCAAUUCCAAAUCACGCAGCACGCACAGUUUGCAUAACAAUACCACCAUCCCUGGUCAACCCAAUGGCGGUGUUGGUCAUCUGGCCAACAACAACAAUAACAACAACAGCAGCAGCAACAAUGGCAACGAACAGGGCUUCUAUCAGAAUCUGAGCGUGUAUCGGGCACAAAAUCAAAGUCAACCAAUUUUAAGCGAAAGGCCCCCCAUGUCGUCACAUACCGGAAUGAGCGCGUACAAUGGCAAUUCCCCGCACGGCGCACCAAACGCCAGUUUUGUAGCAGCAAAUGGCUUAAACCAGCAGCAACAACAGCAACAACAACCACCUUACCAGCAGCAUCUGCAACAGCAGGCGCAAGCACUGAGCUCUAAUCUAACACCCAGUCGACCUGUUUCUGCCUAUUAUCACAGCCAACAAAGCACUCAGCAGCAACAACAGCAGCACUUGCAACAGACACAUCCAUUGCAGCAAUUUGCGCCAAGCAUCAGUGCCAGCAGCAGUAAUCUAAAUGGCUUGCAACAGCAACAGCAGCAACAACAACAACUUGCAGCACAACAUGCGGCAACUCUAUCGCUCGGUAAUCGCGCCAAAAGUCAACAGAAUUUCCAACGCGACAUGCAGAAUCAACAUUCAUUGCGCAUGCAACAAAUGAUGGCGCCUUCAAUGCCCAACAUCAGCAACAUGUAUCAGCAGCAGCAACAACAACAACAACAGCAGCAGCAGCAGCAACAACAACAACAGCAGCAACAUUCAAUGCAACUGAACGUUAGCCAGAGUAUGCAGAAUGUGGCAGCUGCAGAUUAUUCGUAUCAAAAUGGUACUCUAGACUAUCCGCAACAUUCGCCAGCGCUGCGUGCCAUGUAUGCAGCAGACUUGCAACAACAGCAUUCGCCGGGUCAAACAAAUUUCAUAGCCUUGCCACCGAAACCUCUAGGCAGCUUGCAAUCACCCAGUAAGCAAAAUUUGGGACCACCCAGCACAGCACCCAAGCCUCAGCAGCAGCAGCAGCAACAGCAACAACAACAGCAGCAGCAGCGACUGCAACAACAACUGUUGCAUCAACAACAACAACAGCAACAAUUGCUGCAGCAACAGACGAACUAUUUGCAUGCCAGUGGCGCACAAAUGGGCGAAGACAAGCCACCACUACCGCCCACAGCCACACAUCCUUUGUAUAAAGCCACUCAGCAAUUGGUGCCGGGCAUGAAUUAUGUCGCCAGCACUCUGGAUCCACCCAAGGGCAGCUAUGUGCCGUCACAGCAGCAACAACAACAGCAACAGCACAAAAGCUAUCAGCAUGGCAGCAAUCCGUGGGAGCGUGAAGAGCGCGAAAAAGACCUGGAGAUGCGCCGCGAGCACAUCAGGCAAUGGCGGGAGCAACAAAUUGGAGAGCUCUCGUCCAUAAUGGCGCGCAGCACACAGCAGGAGGAGCAGCUGAAGACGCUCAUACUCGAGCGUGACUUUGAGCGUCGGGCCCAAGAACUGGAGGAGCAGGAGGACGAGAGCGAGACCCCAUACGACAAGGAUAAUGUGCAGGAAGUGUUUCGGUUGGCCAGUCAAGCGAGUGCCAUACAAACGCCCAUUACGAAUUUCCGACAAACCGAAAUCAAAAUUGCCUCCGUGCUGGACAAUGUUGGUGGCGUUGGGCCAACCACCGUGGGCAGCAGCGUUACAGAUAAUGCCACCAGCGAUUUGACAAUAACUGCGGCUACUCAACCGCCCAGCUCGGCAACGGCGCCGCCUGUGGUGGUCAGCAACAGCAGCAACACCCAACAACCCAAGAGCAUACUCAAGAACAAUCGUUAUUCGGAGGGCGGUUCCGGAGGCGUGGCCCCCUCCUCACCAUCCAAGUCACAAAAAUCUGCGAGCUUUGCUGAUGAGCGACACUUGCAAACCGAACAUCCCAUAUCCAGUCUUGCUAAGGAUCUGACACAGCUAACGCUAGAGAAAACCCAGAUUAGCAACAACAACAACAACAAUCAGAGUGAACCACUCGAUACAGUGCCACCACCGCCGCCACCAGAACGCAAUAGCUCUUAUCUGAUAAUGUCACAACAAAAAUUGCGCGGCAGCGGCUCCGGUCUAAGCUCCGUAAGCUCCGCCAUGGGUCUGCUUAAGACGGCGACCAGCAAUCAGGCAGCGGCUGUGGAGAUUAAGAAGUCAACGCUGCACAGCCAACACAACAACAACAAUAACAACACUAUAAGUGGUAGUCUCAACAAUAACAACAGCAUGCAAGCCUCUCCAUUGAGCGCAAUGGAAUUGAAUGCCGCCUAUGUGACGGCAAGUGGUGGAGGCGGCGGCACGCCCCUUCUGCUGCGUGACAACAAACGCGUCUCUUUCCACGAUGAGGACAACAAUUUUGUUGGCAUGGGCAGCCCACAACAACAACAUCAACUCCAACAAUACUCACCCUCCCUGCUCGACAAUUAUGGAGCAUUGGAGCAUCAAGAUUUAGAUACCAUACGCGAGGAUUUAGGAUACUUGCCCCACAACAUUGAUGCCUCAAUGCUGCCCUCCAUGCCCGCCACGCCCGAUGCCGCGCUCUGGAAUACCACCAGUGUACAGUCGACGCCUGGUGUUAUCGGCGCCCAAGAGGUUUACCGAGAUCCACGCCAACGUCGCUUGGCCGAGAAGCAGCAGCAACAACAACAACAACGCGCCAGCGAUGCGGUACCCGAAAAGCUGUCGUUUAAGGAGAAAAUGAAGAUGUUUGCCCUCGAAUCGGGUGACGAUCAUACGCCCAAGGACAAACUCAAAAUAUCGCGAGCGCAACGUGACAUUGAUGCGGUGCACUGAGAAACAGAUAGCAAUAGACAUUAUAUGAGAUGUACAUACACACAUACACACACUUAUGUACUCAGUAUAUUUGGGGCCAAGUUUGUUUGUUAAAUAGCGCUAUAUAAGAUAUAGAAAGAGUUAUAUAUACAAAAAACAAAAACACAAAAACUGAACGAAUUUGCUAAGCAAGGCAAUAACCAAUCCAUAGUUAUGUACUUGUAUGUCGCCCUCUAUAGUAGUUGAUGAAUGUUUAACAACAAUAGCAACAACAAAAACAACAAAAAAUGGAACCAACCACAAAACGUUAACUAAAAUCAAUUAUUGAUGAGCAAGAAUGUAGUGUAUUAGUAAUUAGAAGUUCAAAAAGCAAACAAAAAUAUACAUUAUUUUACGCAUAUGAUUAAAAAACAUAAACAAAAAAUGCUUCGCAACGUGGCAACGAAAGUCCGCAUGACUUUUCAAAAUAAAUGAAAUAAAUGAAAUAAAUAUUUACAUAUACAAACUAUAUGCAUAUAUAUAAAUGUAUAGUUGAAGACGUAUCGAAUAAUUAACUGAAAAGUGUUGCAACAAUUGCAUUGUAGUAUUGGUAAACAUGUAAAAAUGAUGUGCAUUAGUUUAGAUCUGUACGUUUUGUAGUAGUUUUUCGGUUAUCGCACUGAAACAUACAUAUAUAUUAAAUACCUGGGAAUUGUGUGGAGCAAAUACAUAACAUAUGGUUUAUAUAUAGUCUAUACAUAUUUACAUACGCGUAGCUCUUAAGCCACGCCACAAAACAAAUGGUCCAAUUAUUCAAUUAUUAAAAAGUAACAUUUAUAUUUACACAUAAAAGUGGAAACAAGAAAGAGAACGAAGUUACCCCACAAACGCAUAUAUUAUAUAAAUAUACAUAUAUAUAUAUUUUUAAUUGAAACGUUUUAUUACACCUUUUAAAAGCAAGAAUAUGAACAAGCAAAUUAUUGCCUUAAUGAGCAAAAACGAAACGAAACGCGUACCAAUUUAAAUCAAAUAGGAUUUCACUACACACGAACCUAAUGGCUUUAAACAAAACUAAGUAUAUACUAUAUACGCCUAUAUGUAUAUAAUUAUAUAUGACGACUUCUUUAUGUCCGUUAUUAUUGUCGCUAUUUUCUAAAACGGUUUUUGCAAUGCAAUUAAACGGAAGACGAAACAAAAGAAAAUUAAAUUAAUUCAGCAAAUUAUUUUUUGUGCAUUCCAAGUAUUUCAAAUAUUGCAAUUUUUUAUAAUAAUUGCAAAAACGAAUAACACAUAUGAUAGUUAUAUAA